AUUACAAGAGAACUGACUAGUACUUACAAAUGUGGCAGGCCCUGUUGUGGUACGAUAUUUGUUCUGAAAUCUUGCAUCAAGAAAUUCUUCAAUCCAGGUAAAGUAAACGAAUUAUUUGAAUUAGAUUUUCAAGAACGAGCGACCAUUGUCUGUUAAAGACCUAAAGUUCCUCAAAAUCCUUGGUGACAAAAUCCACAAGCAAGAAAACAAGUACUAUGAGAUGCUGCUACCUCUACGCUUAGAAGUGGAGCAUCCAAACAACAGUUUGCCAUGUGAUUUACAUGAUCUAUCAUUCAUGUAA